AUGGGGCCCGAGGGGCUCGAGAAGCCCGCAAACCCCGAUACGCCCGAGAAAAGAUCCCGGCGACGUGGGGCUGAACUCGAUCCAUUCAUGCGCACCAGGCUCUGUGUGCUCAGAACCACAGCCAAAUGGACCUACAAGCAGAUUCAGAAUGAAUAUCCGCAUAUCCCGCUCUCGACGAUCAAGUCGACCAUCCUCCGAGAAAGUAAUCGAGUUAAUAACCACUCCCAAGCCCGCUCCGGUCGACCGUCAAAGCUGAAGGAAGAAGACAAAGCCCGGAUCCGCGAGGCCUUCCAUGCGAAUCCGGGAAUCGCAUACGAUGACCUGCUUGCGGUGGUGGAUUACAAAGUUGGGAAGGACUCUCUUCGUCGGUUUUUAAACAGUGAUGGGCUACGGAAAGCGCAGAGCCCUCGGUCUUCCGCUGGAAAAGGAAAUGUGAAACAGAUUGAGGGGACUCAAUCUGCCCAGUCUUUUGAGACACCACCUGCUGGCUGGGAGGGUGACGUUGGGUCUGAUAUGGCACCCAGCGGGUCGGAACCUACAUCUGCGACUGUGAGUCGAACAGCUAGCGAUUGA